UAUUUCCGCCCUUUAUUGCCUGUUGUCUCCGCAAAAAGCGGAUUCAGUUUCCCGGGUGGCGCUGCGGCACCCGCUCUUAAAUCUCAUUCUCCGCCUACCAGAGUUUGAACUCACAGGCGGUAGUGAUGGCUGACAUAGACUUGACGUGGAGAUUGUGCUAGCGUCCUUGAUGUGGAAAGGUUUCAACCAAGAUUCAGCUCAUUCUACCCUCACUUGUUAUCUGCAUUCUAUAGUAUUCUUCCUUUUCCCAUUUCCCCAAGACUUCCAUUCCCUAUUAACAGAUUCGCAAUUUUGGUGUACUGUAUUUGUAACCUUAGUUUUCCCAUUCCCACUUUGCUCUUCCCAUCCAACACUGUGGCCUGUUCUGGGCUGUACCGCGGGUAUCUCGGUGUGGGAGAGCAAGAGCAGGAAAAGUCAGGGACGCAGUCCCCAGUGCUCCAGGAUGAAUAGGAGCCCUAGCUGGUCUGAUCAGCUUCAUGAAGUUCUCAAUUCAACUGAUGAAAAUAUGGCCCGGAUUAAGCAGACUUUGUAUCCUCUUCGACUUUCCUCUACAGGGAACCUGGCUGACACCUGGAUUUCCCCUCAUCACUUGCCUCCUCAGCCAGGGGCCCAGGCUCAUCAGCCCUGGGCUUUAAAGACUCCGAUUCUUGGAGAGAGAUUGAGCUGCACUGAAUCCCACAGCUCAUGUUCUCUCUGGGAUGAAGUUACUAAACUGCGAGCCCAGCUUCAGGCUCAGGCCCAGGUGACUGAGGCUCUAACGCAUGCUGUGCAGAGCCUGUUGAAGGAUCGGAAGCAGCAGAUGAACAAGAUCAGUAUGCUAGAAGCAUCAUUAAAACUGCUUCAGGAGGGCCCCAAAGGGAGAGCCCUUUUGGAACAACGCCUGGAAAGGUUGAGAAAAGAACUGAAGGGCCUUCGGAACAAGGUUCAAGAGCUAGUCCAAACCCAAAUGAGAACAAGACCAGGGAAGUUCAGUAGUACCAGUGGCUUUCACCAAGAGCUGCAGACUGAGCACCAGCUUUUGUGGGAAGAGUCAGAGAUUCUUCGGGAGGAAUUGAAGUUGCUUCGAGACCAGCUGAGCCAACAUCAGGAAUUGCUGCUGGAACAGAUGGCUGAGGGGCGCCAGGUUCAGGCCCGGAGCUGGAAGACGUUGGAACACCUACAGAGGGACCAGAAGAGCAAGGUUCAGACCUUGGAGUUUACCAGGACAGAGGCCCCUGAUGCCCAGAAGGAGGACCUCCUCAGAACUUCUGUUCAUGCUCGACAAUCUAAGCUGCCUCUGGCCACCAUCUUCGCCAUGUCUGUUUCAUCAUCUAACUCUGAAGUCAGUCUUCCAGACUGUGACCGUAGCUGGGAACUUUUAAAGAAACUAGAUAGGGAACUCCAGAAUACUCUUUCUAACCUGGAACCCCGCAACUCUCAGCCCCAUGGCCAGAGUCUUGGACAAGAGGAUCUGUUCCUUCAGGGCCCCAAAGUCUUCCAGAGUGACCUGUAAGGACUUGUAAGAAGAAUGAGAUGAGACUUCCAUCCGGGGCAAUCUUCUCGCCCUUUCUGGUAUGUGCCCUUCUUAUAAGGCAUCUCACUGUACAGUCAUUCCUGCUCCCCAAACUCAUUUAAAAUAAAGUGGUGUAAUGCUC